AUGGGGUACCCGUCCGGCGGUAAGGGCAAGGGAGGCCAUAUGGGAGCCUAUCCACAGAUUGGCGUCAGCACCGACGCGCUUCCAAUGCAGCGUCCUGCUCCGCAGCAGCCUGAGAUGAAGGCGGACGUUGCUGGAGAUGAUUGGAAAGCGCAGAUUCGCCGCCCGCCUCCAGACCAGCGCUACAAGACAGAGGAUGUGACUGCCACGAAAGGCAAUGACUUUGAAGAUUAUUUCUUGAAGCGGGAGCUGCUCAUGGGCAUCUUCGAGAUGGGAUACGAGAAGCCCUCCCCGAUCCAGGAGGAAAGCUUGCCAGUUGCUUUGACGGGCAAAUCCAUUCUUGCCCGAGCCAAAAACGGCACCGGAAAAACCGGAGCCUUUGUCAUUCCCAUUCUUGAAAAGUGCAACACCACAAAAAACGUUAUCCAAGGGCUCAUUCUCGUGCCCACGCGAGAGUUGGCGUUGCAGACAUCUUCCGUGGUGAAGGAGAUUGGCAAGCACAUGGGCGUCCAGUGCAUGGUGUCCACAGGUGGAACAAGCCUUCGAGAAGACAUCAUGCGUCUCUACAACGAGGUGCACAUCGUUGUGGCAACACCAGGAAGGGUCCUGGACCUUGCGAACAAGAAUGUUUGCAAUUUGAAGCAGUGCUCCAUUGUUGCCAUGGACGAAGCUGACAAGCUACUGUGCCCAGAGUUCAAGCCCAUCAUCGAGGACCUCAUCAAGUUCCUGCCGAAAGACAGGCAGAUUCUGAUGUACUCAGCGACGUUCCCCAUUGCAAUCUUGGACUUCAAGAACAGUUUCAUGCAGGAUGCCCACGAGAUCAACCUGAUGGAUGAGCUCACGCUGAAGGGCGUGUCCCAGUAUUACGCAUUUGUAGAGGAGCGCCAGAAGGUUCACUGCCUGAACACCCUCUUCUCCAAACUGCAGAUCAACCAGGCUAUCAUCUUUUGCAACUCCGUGACCCGAGUGGAACUCCUGGCCAAGAAGAUCACAGAGUUGGGCUACUCAUGCUUCUUCAUCCACUCGCGGAUGUACCAGUCCCACAGGAAUCGAGUGUUCCACGACUUCCGUCAGGGAGCUUGCCGGUGUCUGGUUUCCUCUGACCUCUUCACCCGGGGCAUCGACAUCCAGUCUGUGAACGUGGUCAUCAACUUCGACUUCCCCAAGAACUCGGAGACCUACCUGCACCGCAUUGGCCGAUCAGGCCGCUUCGGCCACCUUGGUUUGGGAAUCAAUUUUGUAACUUACGAGGACCGUUUCAACCUGUACCGUGUGGAGAAGGAGUUGGGGACGGAGAUCCAGCCCAUCCCGCCGACCAUUGACCCGGCCACCUACACCUAA